AUGAUGCCGUCGUGUUUCGACUUGAUGAAACUGAAAGAUCCGAACAAGUCAGUGAAGACCCAAACUCGAGGCUGGUGCGGCGAGCAGGGAAGGUCACUUAAGGAGGCCAGCAGCGUUGACCUCGGCCUGAGGCUGGGUGGAAGCAUCCUCGGCUUCCUGUACCUGUUGUCUCCUCCCAACGUCAUGAAUGGUCUGCUCGACCGGCUCUUCCUCAAGGCCAUCGACGCGAGGAGUGAAGACAACUGGGGUCCAGACGACAUCAGCCCCAAGGUUGGUAGGACGCUGGGCAAGGGAACCUUCGGGCUGGCGUACGAGGCGUUCACGACGUCGGAAGGGAGGAAAAAGCUCAAGGGAAGGAGGGACGAGGAGGGACGAGUCGUCAUCAAGCGAUGCCUCGAUGAUGAUCAGGCUGACAUUGAAGCUUAUUUCAACCGGAGGGUUCGUCGGUUGGGCAAGCAAGCUUACUUUGCGACGUUUCUCGGGGCACAACGGCGAGCAGGCGAUGUGAUGGGACCUGGAAGACUUCUGGUUUGGAACUUCGAAGGGAGUCGAACUCUAGAGUCUUACAUGAUGGAGCCGUCAUUCCCAUUGAACCUUGAAUCUCUAGUGCUCUACAGAAGGCAAGCCAACCCCAAGGAGGAGUUCAAGACCCCCAAGUUUGGAGGGAAAGCUCGUUCGGAGGAGACUGAGAAGCGGGAAGUCGAAGUGAUCAAGAGGAUCGCAGCCAACACCCUGACGGCCCUCAAGACCCUUCAUGAUGCUGGCGUCGUCCACCGGGACGUGAAACCUGCCAACAUUCUCGUCGCCGAGACUGCCGAAGGAGCUCCUCUCCGCCUUAUCGACCUGGGGGCUUGUGUGGACCUUCGCAACGGGUUCAACUUUGAUCCUGAGAAGGGCUUGCUCGACCCUCGAUAUGCCCCUCCUGAGCAGUACAUCAUGCCUCAGGAUGUUCCCAAACCGCCCAAGGGAGUCCUGGCGCUGCUCGCUUCCCCUUUCUUGUGGCAGGCCAUGAGUCCGGAUCGCUUCGACACCUACAGCGUUGGCAUCAUGUUGAUGCAGAUGGCCAUUCCCCAGCUCAGAAAUGUUGCCAACAUCAAAGUUGUCAGCACUCAAUUGAAGUAA